CUCCAAACGCCAAAAGCAGGAUUUGAGUCCGUGUCCAAACAGGCUUAAAUAAACGAAAUGGAACGCUGUCAACAGAACGUGAAGUUCCGUUUCCUCUGCAUCGUAUUUUGCUAAGUCGGCCGUAUGGAGAAGCUGAAAUCCUUGGUUCCGGAUGCCCUUAAGCGAAUGAUUGCAGAAAGCACCCCCGAUGAUCUUCCUUCAACUUGUUAUUCUCUUCUAGAAUUCUUUCUUCAUAUGCAGCAGUUUCAAAUGAUCGUUGGAGACCUGGCGCAUUCGGAAACUGCUCUAUGUCGUAAGAAUAGAGACGCAGCACUGGAAUCGAAGCGGAAGGGCAAUGAAUGUUUUUCGAGCGGAGAUUACAUGAAAGCUUUGAGUUUAUACUCCCAGGCACUACGUGUUGCUCCUACUGAUGCAGAUGAUGUGGACAAAAAUCUGGUUGUAACGCUGUUUGUGAACCGUGCAUCCGUAUUACAUAAAAUGGGUUUUCUGGUGGAGUGUCUACGAGACUGCAAUCGAGCACUUCUAAUUUCUCCAAACUAUGCAAAGGCAUGGUAUAGGAGAGGUAAAGCAAAUGCUUCUUUGAAUGGUUAUGAAGAUGCAGUUCAUGACUUGAAUGUUGCUAUGCAUUUGGAAGAGUCUUUGGCUGGAAGAAGUCAGAUUGAAAGGGAGCUAAAGUUAAUUUUGGACCAAUAUAAGGGGAAUAAUUCAGUGGAUCAACAUGAUCAAAAUGACUUAGGUACCUUAGAGGAGCAGCUCCAGAUAAAAUUACAGUGUGUCUCUACACCAACUAAAGGACGGGGAAUGGCUUCACUGAGUGAAAUUUCUCAAUCUUACUUGGUUCAUACUGAAGAACCUUAUGCUGCGAUCAUAUUGAAGCAUUGUCGGGAUACUCAUUGUCAUUUCUGCUUUAAUGAAUUGCCAGCAGAUUCAGUCCCUUGUACAUCAUGUUCAAUACCACUGUACUGCUCUCAGCAUUGUCAAAUGCAAGCUGGAGGGCAAGAGUUGAGGAAUAAUUCUAAGAAUCAUGGUAUUUGCAAAAAUCUAUCUAGUGAUCUUGAAAAAUAUGUUGCGGGGAUUACUUUACCCAAAGAUUCUGAUUCAAACAUUGAGUGGAUUGCCGAACAUAAACAUGAAUGUAAAGGUGUAAACUGGCCUGCAGUAUUGCCUCCUGAGAUUGUUUUGGCUGGUCGAGUUAUGGUGAAGUCUGUAGAGCAAAAAAAACAUUCUUGCAAUGCUUCUAACCUCAUGGACACUUUGGACCUUUCUCACAGUUAUAAAACAAUGGCUCCAGAAAGCAAAUUGGAUUUGCAUAUAUAUUCCGUUGUAUUGCUGUAUUGUCUUCAACAUUCUUAUGGCUUUGAACUUCCAUUAAAUGGAAUUUCUAUAUCACAGCUCAUUAUACUUAUAUCUCAAAUCAAGGUGAAUUCUAUUGCAAUUGUCCGCAUGAAAUUCAUGGAUGGUUAUAGUCCACUAGAUCAAUCAGUGAACUUUUCACCUGCUGGAGGGGCUUUCACCAGCAACAUGGAACAGGUCAGAGUGGGACAAGCUAUUUAUUCAGUUGCCAGUUUGUUUAAUCAUUCUUGCCAGCCAAACAUCCAUGCAUAUUUCCUCUCACGUACUCUCUUUCUACGAGCAACAGAACAUGUGGCAGUAGGGUGUCCCCUAGAGUUAUCUUAUGGUCCACAGGUUGGGCAGUGGGAUUGCAAAGACCGCCAGAAGUUUCUCAAAGAUGAGUACUCAUUUAGAUGUGAAUGCAGUGGUUGUUCAGAGCUAAAUGUAUCUGACCUUGUUCUAAAUGCAUUCCGGUGUGUAAAUCCAGAUUGUUUUGGUACAGUCUUAGAUAGCUGUGUGAUCAAGUAUGAAAACAAAAAAUUUGAGCGCUUCCAAGGUGUUCCUCAAGAUUGCAUCUCAGAACCUCAUUUGCAGUUAAAAAAUGAUGGCAUAAGAGAAGUGGCACACCAAGCAUUUGCCAAUUCCUCCUUUCGUGCUGCACCUGGAUAUUGUUUACAUUGUGGUGCUUAUCGUGAUCUAGAAGCCUCACAUGCAACAGUCGGGGAAGCUGGAAUUUAUAUCAGUAGGCUGCAGGAAGCAAUAGUUUCAAAAGAAGUUCCAGCUACCACAUUUUCAGAUGCUUUGAGAUCUCUUGAUCUACUGAAAUCAACGUUGCAUGCAUAUAACAAAGGCAUUGCAGAAGCAGAGGACUGGAUUGCACAGGCAUUUUGUAUGAUUGGAGAGUUACAACCUGCAAUGCACCAUUGUAAAGCAUCAAUUGAGAUCCUUGAAAAGCUCUAUGGUUCAAAUCACAUUGUCAUUGGAUAUGAAUUGAUGAAGCUUUCGUCCAUUCAGCUAAGCUUGGGUGAUACUGCUGCAAUGAAGAGCAUAAGCCGGCUGGCUGCAAUAUUUUCGUGGUAUUAUGGCCCUCAUGCAGACAUGAUGUUUCCAUACCUGGGAAGCCUUAAAAGAGAAAUUUGCAAACUUGUUCUAUGAGGAAUCUUUUAUGCUAUUUCUGAAGUGGGCAAUUCCCAGUUGAGGAUAUCUAUCAGUUUUCCACUUAAUAAAUACAGAUAUGUGUUCUGGCUAGAAAGGAUGAAAAGUGAAAGGCAUGAGGUAAAUUACCAGAGAGCAGUUCCCGAGCAGCCACAUUUCUUUCAUACCCUCCAGAUAAUGAAGAUUUCUGUUGCCCAUAGUUCUUUGCAUGAAGAGUGGCUUUCUUUAGUAGAGUGUCUGCAUUUCUCUUAUUAAUAGCUUUAGCUUCCUCAGCAUCAUCCUCUCCUUCAGAAAAGGCAGAUGGGCUGGACCAACCAGUUGUAUUUCCAUCCCCUCUACUCUUCCGAGCAAACUUCAAGAGCCUCUUGAAUCCUUUGGGUGCAUCUUUGUGGUAGACGACUGCAGGAGGAUUUUCAGCAUUCCCCCACUCAAUACUAUCAGGUUCACUACUUUCUUCUUGCAGCAUCUGUGACAAGGAGUGACGGACACGAGGACUUGACAAUGCCACUGGAGCAAUGCUGGCUGGAGAUAUAA